CAGACAAUACCAUACAAUUUUAUGAAAGAAAAGCACUGAUUGGCCUUCGGCUUCAGAUUUGAAGAUAGAAGAGAAUGGCAACUGCUGCCGCAGUCUACUUGCGACAUGGGGCGCCAGCUCCCGGCUUGGUCUAUCAUAAAGGAACAAUCCAUGGUAUGCCAAAGAUAAUGAGACCAGAAGCAAGAGGUUCUAAGGCUUCCAAGAAAAGGAUUGGUGUUGUUAGGUGUGGUAGUAAUGGAAUUGGAAUAGGGGACUUCAUAGGAGGCGAUCUUGUGAAGUUUGAUCUGGGACGUUGGCUUUCAGAUGUGGAAGAACACAAAGCACUUGCCAUUUACUCUCCUCAUGAGGGUGGCUACGAGGGUCGAUAUCUUAACCGUCUCAGAUACCAGGGCUACUACUUCCUCGACCUCAGUGCUCGUGGUCUUGGCGACCCUGAAGCCACCCUCACUCAGAUUCACCCUGUUUGCCCUGCUCAUCUUGGCAAGCAACCCAUCGCGAGGUGGUAUUUCCCUCCGGAGGUUGAUUAUAGGCUUGAAGCCCUGCCUCCAGAUGCCAAGGGACUUGUGGUCUGGAUAAUUGAAGCCAAGGUUCUAUCCAAGUCUGAGUUGCAGUUUCUUGCCCUGCUUCCUACACUCCGACCAAGAGUCAGGGUCAUUGCUGAAUGCGGGAACUGGAGAAAGUUCAUGUGGAAGCCACUCAAAGAGAUUUCUGGGCUAACUCCUAUUGAUGGAGCGUGAAAAACUUUUCUCCCUUCCAGUUGUCUACUACAACUCUUAUCUUCCUCUCACCUGAAAAGCCUCCAAGUUUCUUUUUAACGAAAAGAAGAUGACCGACACUAUAGAAAAACGGGCUUUCAAGUAUUUGCAGAUACUUUUAAUUUUGCUCAGAUUACCUUAAAUGCGAAAAUGAUCUUCAAGUGCAGAUUU